AUGAGCGAGCCGCGUUUAGAUAUACGAGUGAAAAUGGCGUUUAAUCACAACAAAACAACACCAAGUAGACGAGCCAUCGGAAAGGCGUUAUUUUUCUAUAUUGAGAAGCCAAGGAAGCUUGCUUAUACUUAUGAAGUUCGUUCUUCUGAAGAAAUCGGUGCACCUUUCCCAGAGAGACCCCACAAGCAUAUAGCCUUACGAUACGCGCAACCACCGAAUGGAUGCACGAAAAUGGAACCACUGGAUGAUCAAGUAGUACUUCUCAUUGAGAGGGGAGAUUGUUCGUUCAUUCUAAAGGCGAGGAUGGCAAGUGCAGCUGGUGCUCAGUUUGCGAUUAUCACUGAUUCAGCGGCAGGCACGGACGAUUGGAUCGAGAUGAUCGGUGAUGGCCUUAAUCAGAAGUCCGAUAUUCCAGUCGCAUACCUCCCGGGUAUUUCUGGAAGAAGGAUACGUGAACAUUUAUUGUAUGGUGGUGAAGUUAUUACAGUAACAAUCCCACUGAAUUAUUCGUCACUGCUGCUGAGUGAUGUGCCUCGAAAACCGCCAUGGGAAUUAUGGUGA